AAAUAAAAGUGCGGUGAGGCGUUGAGCGGAGCGCCGUGCGGUUUUGCGCAACAGCUUCACUCAGGGAUUUAUUUCCAGCCAGAAAAUCUGAACAGAAGAAUUUCACACAGGAGCUCCGGCGCUUUAUAUCCGCGGAGUGCAGUUUCUCAGGUCUCGGCUGUGUGUCUGCACCUCUGUCAGAAUGGGCCGCCGUUUAUCUUCCAGGCAGAAACAUGCCCAUCCUUAAGAACCUCCCAGCUCGCCUGAAGGGGGGCAAGGUGAAUGUGGAUUUGGAGAACACGCACAGCGAGCUGAUUCUCCGCAAGAUGAGCCUCAACCACAACCCAUUUGGCACAGAAAACGGAUCAGACGAGGAUUGGCCCAGGGACAGCGGGGGCUCACUGCUGGAUGGAAGAGCUCCCCGGGACCGCAACCCGUUCGAGGAUGAGGAGGACGAGAACGAGGCCAACGAGGAGAGGCGUGGAGGCUCCGGAAAGGGCAGUUCCCUCAAAGGGACACUGGACCGCAUCCGAGGAGUGUCUCCACUCAAGACCCUGGGCAAGCUGGGCAAGGGUCUGCGCAUGUCAGGAAGGAGUAAAGGCAGUGCCACCCCUUCUCCACAGGGCUCCAUCGGCAUGCCCUCACCCAUGGAGAGAAAGAAAAAGGGCAGAAGGAGUUCAGACGGAAGCCUCCUGAGAAUGGCAGGCAAGUGUCGAGAGAACAGCCGUAAAGAAAGCUUGCCCAAUGGAGACCUGUGUUCAGAGAGUGACGCCGACUCUACCAGCCGCAGACUCUCGUUUUUGAAGAUCGUGGGCCGAGGCAAGCAGAAGAGGGAGUCCAUGGUGGACCGCUCAGCAUCGCCCGGACCUGAGGAGGAGCCGGUGGAGGAGGUACCAGAGGUCAAACCCAGGGAGCCUCUAUCAGUGUUGGAGAUUCUUCAGCUAGUGACCAAGAGAGACUUGUUCCUGGCAGACACCCACAUCCUGGAGCUGGAACAGGAGUGUAUGGAGAUGUCCUCUUCACCAGCAGGAGGCAACAUCCCUGAGGAUCUGAAUAGCCCCACCAAAGACAGCAGCCGCCGCAAGGCCAAAGACGUGGAGCUGCUGUACGAGGCGCUGCAGAAGGAGCUGUGGGAUGUGGUCCGGGAGUCCUUGCGCUCUACAACAGCUGGACCCAACCUGGGCCUGGUGGUGCAGGUCCUGCAGCAGGAGGAGCAGGUCGACCGGGACUGGGCACUGAGCGAGGGGGCCGAUCAGGGAGGGCCUCGGCCCAGGGAGCUGAAGAAGCGCUGGAAGGAGGCUGUGACUGAGGCUGCUGAUGCCAAUCUGCCCCAGCAUGCAGACAUCCAGGCAGGAGAGCUGGCAGCCUACCUGGACAAGCUGAGGAGCCACAUGGUGGAGGACCUGGGGGCCGCACGCAGGAACGUGGUGUCUGUGUACCCUAUGGAGUACGAUGCCUUUCAGGUGUACGUUCAGAGCUACCACCAGGCCGUCACCCGCCGCCUGCAGACCAUUACCAACACAGAACUGCAGAUUACUGACACCUACUCUCUUCUAGACUGGAUCUACAACAUUUACAACAGGGAUGUCCUUGGAACAGUGAGCAUAACAUCGCCCAUCAACCGCUCUCAGCUAGACCCGCUGCUGCCCACGGAGACGGUGGACAAGCUGGAGCUGGACUGCCUCAAUUCAGUCAGGGGGAAAGUAACCAAUGAGCUGUCUCAGGUUUUGGACGAGGAAGAGAAGAGAUGGAUGGAGACGCUGCACGUUGAGGAAUAUCAGAUCUUACUGGCCCGCACGGUUAUUCAGAGGCUGCAGGACGAUCUAGAAAGAUCAGCAGCAGUAAACCGGAAUCUGGGUUCGCGAGUUGCCCAGUGCAGCCUUAAUGGACUUGCCGAUUUCUUGUACAGCUUUCAGAGAAAGGUGGAAAUGUUCCACGAAGGCCUCGUGAGUCAGUCUGGGGAAAAUGAAGAUGGUUACAUUGCCAAAACCAUCGCUUUGGCCAACUGCUGCCCCCCCUUCAGGGGAUUUGUGGAGCGCUGUGUACAGUGUGACCCUGCUGUUAGUGAAGAUUCCAGCCGCAGAGCCAACACUGCCCUGGACAGGAUCGUAAACCUGAGUGUGAGAGUGCUGAACGACAGGCUGUUCGAGCACAUCAGGCCUUUCUUUGACAAGCUGGUGAAGAGGAAAUGGCUGAGCAACACAGAAGCCUUUGAGAGCAUCAUGUCCUACAUUAAGGAGCACUUCAAGAAGUUCCGGAGGAUGGACAGCCCACCGUACCAGGUCUUGGUGGCAGAAGUCCAUCGGCGAGUGAUGACCGAAUACGUUCGGGCUAUUAUGAGAGGCAGAAUCAUCUGUACAUCACUCAAGAUGAGGAAGAGGAUGGCAGGCCGCCUCCGCGAGGAGGGCAAACUCCUCAAAACACUCUUCAAAGACUUAGAGUCUUCUGCCUCUUGGUUAGACAGCGCCAUUUCCCACAUAUCCGAGAUUAUCCUGCUAGAAGACACACCUUCCAUCCAAAUCGAGGUCGGAGUCCUAGUUCGGGAAUUCCCUGAUGUACGGAAGAAGCAUGUGUCUGCCAUCCUGAACAUCCGAGGCAUGACUCGGCAGAUGGAGAGGCAGGAGAUCCUGAACAUUGUGAAGGACAUUGAGAACAGCGACAGUCUCUCACGGCUGUCCCGAGAUCGUGCUCUAUUCGCUGACGUACCGGUAACGUCAGAAGUGCAUUGCCUGAACGUGGGCCUGAGUCGCAUUGCCCUGAGCGCUUCAUCCUGCUUCUCUGGCCUGAGAAGAAACCGCAGGAGAACUCCUGCCAGAGAGAUCCAGGACGAAAUGCUGUAAAAGAAUGUAAUGCAUUGCAGCAGAUUUUCUGACUCUGUAAUAAACCAUGAGGACUGUCAGCAGACUCAGUGUUUAGUGCGAAAACCAGCUGCAUCAUUUGUCAAGCCAUACGUGAGGACUUCUUGCUGAUGUUAACAUUUCAAUGUCUUAACUGAGAAAAAGGCACCAGCUUGCGCUGUAAGACUGAUUCUGAAUGGUGAACAUUUGAAAAACGUGUGUGUGAAAUGUUAAAUGUUUCAUUUCUAUUAGCUUAUAUUAGUAUUGGGAUCAACAAUGUACUUAGGCCUGUAUUACAAUUCAGAACUACUGAUACAAACCAUCACUCGGUUUAAAUGCAAAAAUGAAUAAAUAAGUAGAUAUAUCUGAAUGAAUAGGAGGAACCAUUUCCCACAUUGGCCGUAAUGCUAGUACUGAUGGGACUGAAUUUAUGUUUUAUUUUUAAUUGUAUAUGAUGAUUUAAUACUUGAUCUAAGGUACUAUGCAAUGAUCUAUGAUCUCUGUUAUUAUUUUUCUCAUAUUUAAAUGAGCAAUUUCAUGCUGCAGUCGUCUUGUAGUAUCACAACAAGAACAUGUUUUGCAAUACUGAUGAUAUUAUUCACGUCUGUCUGUGGAAAAAUAAAAUCAAGGGCUACUAUUUAUGUACCAGAUACAGGAUAGACUUUAUUUAUUGCACCACAAUUUGUCACAUUUCUGUGAUACUCAGUAGCACAACAGCAAAAUAUCCACAUACUUCAUUUACAGUAUAAACACAUGCAUUUAAUACUAUUCCUGCUCAAGUUAAUGGACCAAAAUGUUUAGACAGGAGAAUUUUGGGAUAGCACUUUUCUCUCACAAAUGUUUUAUUUUCUAAAUCCCAAAUGUCUUUUAUUUUAUGCUGCCAGAGGAGCUGUGUGUAACUAUAUUGAUAUUACACUACUUCAGUCAGUUUAUCUGUAGUUUCUGACUGCUCUGCUUAUGUUAAUGUGGGAGUGACACUUAAAAAGACAUUCAAGAUUUAUCUUCUCAAUGGGCUUUAGGGUACUCUGUAUAUUUAAAGGAUUUAAGAGAAGUCUUUUCUUCAGAAUUAUCUCUGCUUUUGGAAAUAGAAUCCCCCUAUACAUUUGUUAAAUCAUAUAAUAAUAAAUGAGAAAGAUGCUAAAA